AUGACAAAGGCUGAUGCAGUAGUUGUAUCUGAUUUAGAUCCGUCAGUGAAUAUUAGGCGAUGUUCAGAUCAAGACGGAGAGAGUGCGCUCUCAGACCCCUUGAUCAUGAACCCUUCAGAAUUGGUGCCGAAGUUUUUAGAAAAUUUUUGA